CCGGCAUAUGCAGAUAGAGUAUGUUAAAUUGACCAUAGAAAUCCUUACGUCACGUCACUGUCAAACAACGAAUAUUUGACCCACAUGUAUCUUAUCCACUUCAAUUGACUGAGUUGUCUGAGUAUAAUAUUAGUCUAGUUCAUUGUCUCCUUACACUGGACUUCGACGUGAGCGAUAACUUCUUCACGGUAAAAUUAACCUCCACGACAAUUGAGAUAUAUCCGAAAACCACCUCAGGCUCUCAAACUAGUCAAAAGCGCACCGCUGAGACCCCCCACACACUUGAAUGACAAAGUGUUUUGAUAUAAUAUAGAUACACUAAGCAUAGAUAAGAUCACACGUCGAUCAGCGCUUUGCACCGCCUCCUAUAUUUUGUAUCAGUUCAACACCAGACCAGUCGCCAUCACCAGACACCAUUACGAUGUCGAGUUUGACAGAAAAACAACGCGUGUAUCACUUGCGGAAAAUGCGAACUCGAUUCACCAGGUUAGAUUUGAAUCACGAUGGUUUCAUAUCUCGCGAAGACUACGAGCUCAUGGCCACAAAAUUGCAAGAGUAUGGUAAAUUGAACGCCGAGAACGCCGAAUCGACACGCAAUGCAUUCAUGACAGUUGCUGAUGGAUUGGGUCUAAAACCCGGAGUAAAGAUCCCUGUAGAAGAAGCAGCUAAAAAAGCAAACCAACUAUUCCCUACAAUAGCGCAAGAAAAAAAAAUGGCUCUCCUAAAACAAACUCAUGACCCGCUCUUUGAUGCCCUGGACCUCAAUAAAGACGGUCACAUUUCCUUGGACGAGUUCAAGGUGUAUUUUCAAAUAAUUGCUCCUGGUAUUUCUGAAGAUAAGGUGACGCAUUCCUUCAACGUGAUUGACUCGAAUAAGAAUGGCGAAAUUAGUCGUGAGGAAUUCACCACAGCCGCUUUCGAUUUUCUCCAUGGUUUUGAAGAAACAGAAGUCUCAAAAGUAUUCUUUGGACCUUUGCUAUCAUAAGCUGCACAAAAAGUGAACUGAAUAGACUUGUAACUAUCAUAUAAUUAUUGAAUUAUUUGAUAUGAUUAAAAAGUAUGAGUGCAUGUUAUUCCUUAGCUUGAUUUGAAAUGAUCAUAGUCAUAGUGUAGCCGGCAGUCUUUCAAGAGCCUAACCAUAGGUAGCCCAGACACACUGUGCGAUUUAAAUUUAAAUGCUUGGCAUACUUAACUACCUCCUGCGGUUUCGACCUCAAAAUAAUAAUGUUAACGAUUAGCUCGAAAAUAUUCUAAAUUUUUACACUAAAAUAUAUCACUAAUCAAUACUUAUCGUUGAAGGAAAUAUACUU